GCAUGUACACGCAAAUGCCUUCAUCUCCCGACAGGACCCUGCGGCACAAGAUGUUCUAUCGCGCAGACGGACACCCGCGCUCGAAACGCGCUGGGCUCUGUGCGCGUAUGUUCCUUCUACUUCUCCAUCACUUUUGUCCCCCUCCUUAGCUGACGCGCCUCAGUGCUACUUCUCACCGCCCUCCCGUACGCUUUACUGAAAGCAUACACCCGUAGCUCUGAACAGGAAGCCGCACGCGACGUCCUGGCCGCCUACGCCCGCACCGCCCUCUUCACCCGCCGCCCCUUCGACCCGCGCGACCUCCCCGCCCUCUACGCGCACCUGACCUCGCGAACAUGUGCGCCGCGGUGGAUAUCCUGCAGGCGCACCCGGACUCGCGGAUGCGCGAGGUCCUCGCGCGCGCCUGUCUAGUGCUCGUGCCGUACCUGCGCGCUCUGUACAACCAGGCGGGCAAGUCGUUGGUUCAGACGGAGACGGGGAAGGAUACGGCGAAGGCGGUGCUGCAGAUGAUUUUCGUCUUCCAGCUGGAGAUUGCGCUCGAUGCGGCGGAGAUGGGGAUGCUCGAGGUCAGGGUGGUUAAUGAUUAGGAUAAUCGUGAUGCCGCACAAGUCGGCACGUCGAGCCAUUGGUGAUGGACCUCAGAAGGCGGGCCACAGCAGGGCGAAGGGAAAAUCAAACAAUGGACAUCACCGUGACGGACAGCUGCAUCUAGCACGCAUCGUAAAGCUCGGAUGAUUCGCAGCACACUUGCGAGCUUUUUAUGGCGGAUUGAGAAGGAAGUUCUUGAAAGGGACGUUGUUGAUUGGGAUGUGUG